UACCUUUAGUUCCUUCUAUAAAAAAUGGGUCCCAUAAAUGUACUUGGACUGAUACUAUCCAUGAUGACAGUGGAUAGUCAAACUAUACUCAGUGGAAAUGAUCUAGUGGAUCAUUGUCCAAUGAUUAAUACAGAAGGACUGGAGUUUCUGAUUAACUCAGCAGCCAGACAAGCUAUAACAUCUCAUUUAAACAUGAUGGAAGCUCAGAUGCUUAAACAUAAGACAGAGCUGGAGAAGUUAAAGACAGAGACAGAUAUAACCAAGCAAAUAAAGAAAACGCAAAAUGCUAUUCAGGAGGAAACUGGAAAUCUAGAUGUCCGAUAUUUAAAUGGAAGUUCAUCACGGGAAGGAAGAGAUAAUAAGUACAAAAACGGACUCUGGAGAACGGUUAGUUUGGAGUCUGAUGGUGUCAAUGUGACCUAUAAACAUUCAUUUGGAUUAGAGAGAAUGGACACAGCUACUAUUCUAGGAGUGAUACUGACCAUGAUGAAGGCGGACAGUCAGAUCUUACAUGGUGGACAUGAAUCGGUGGGCAACUUGCCAUUGACUAAUACAGAUGAACUAGAGCUUCUGUUUAACACAGCAACAAGAAAAGUAAUAACGUCUCAUUUUAACUUGAUUGAGACUAAGAUGCUUAGAUAUCAGAUGCAGCUGGAUAAUUUUAAGAAAGAGAUUACCGAACAAAAGCAGUGUACUGAUCCCGGAGGAGCUGGAAAACUAGGUUUACGACUUGUGAAUGGAAGUUCAUCAGGGGAAGGAAGGGUGGAGGUCUACGAGGAUGGAGUCUGGGGAACAGUGUGUGUUGACAGCUGGGAUUCCAAUGAUGCCAAUGUGGUCUGUAAACAACUAUUUGGAUUAGAUAGACAAGGUGUGGGAGUUUCAACUGCAGUAUUUGGAAAAGGAGCAGGAACUAUCCAUUUAGAUUUACAAUGUAGUGGUGCUGAAACUGAUAUUCUCGACUGUCCUCAUUCAACCACAGCCAACUGUACUCAUUCAGAAGAUGCCGGAGUUGUUUGUUUUCUUCCAAAUCGCCAUAUCAGGUUGUCGAAUGGAAAUUCUACAAAUGAAGGCUUAAUUGAGGUGUAUAUCAAUGGGAAGUGGGGCACUAUCUGUGAUCAAGUAUGGGAUAACGAUGACGCCAAAGUCGCUUGUCGUUCCUUAGGGUUUUCUGGGGGUGUUGCAGUGAAUUCGUCGGUUUUUGGACCCGGUAAUGAACACAUUUGGUUAGACGGCAUUAAUUGCAAUGGAAACGAGGGUUCUCUGUUACAGUGUGCAGACUCAGUAACUGGAUUCAACGAGUGCAAUUCUGGAAGAGUCGUUGGAGUUGUAUGUUAUCCCAUGAGAAAUGAUUCAGUUAGAAUUGUUAAUGGUAGCUCUGUUGAUGAGGGUCGAGUUGAAGUCUUUAUUAAUGGCCAGUGGGGAAGUGUGUGUGAUAACGGAUGGAGUAAAACUGAUGUUGAUGUCACAUGUAAAAGUCUUGGAUAUGCAGGAGGUUUACCCGUUUUAUCCUCUGUGUUUGGUGAAGGCAGUGGCCAGGCAUGGUUAGACAAUGUAAAUUGCAAUGGCAAUAAGAACUCUCUCUUUGAGUGUACACAAUCAGUGAUUGGAUCAAGCACUUGUCGUUAUGGUAAUACAGCUGGAGUGGUUUGUUUCCACACAAGAAAAGAUUUAGUUAGGAUAGUGAAUGGUAGCACUGACCAUGAGGGUCGUGUGGAGGUUUCGAUGAAUGGUCAAUGGCGAAGUAUAUGCGACAGAGGAUGGGGAAACAAUGAUGCAAAAGUGACUUGCAAAAUUCUUGGAUAUUCAAGCGGUAUUCCUGUCGCGUCUUCUGUGUUUGGAGAGAGUCCUGCGCAGAUAUGGAUGUUUAACAGCGUUAACUGUUACGGGUUUGAACAGUCUCUGCUGCGCUGCACAAAAUCAAUAAUUGGGUCCAACGUGUGCACUUCUGGGAGGAACGCUGGUGUCGUUUGUUAUCAAACGGGAAAGGAAUCGGUAAGAAUUGUUAAUGGUACUUCUGAGUACGAGGGUCGAGUUGAAGUUUUGAUAAAUGAACAGUGGCGGAGUAUUUGCGAUAAAGGAUGGGAUAAAAAUAGUGCUGAGGUGACUUGUAAAAGUAUUGGAUAUUCAGGAGGUCUCUCAGUUUCCUCAUCUGUAUUUGGAGAGGGACCUGAAACAAUAUGGAUAUUGUCCGCAGGAAAUUGUUAUGGAGGUGAAUCAUCGCUACUUAGAUGUAUUCAGUCAGUUAUUGCGACUAACAGUUGUAUCAAUGGUGGACACGCUGGGGUCGUUUGUUACCACACAGGAAAUGAUUCAGUCAGAAUAGUUAAUGGUAGCUCUGCUGACGAAGGUAGGGUCGAGGUUUUGAUAAAUGGUGAAUGGCAGAAUGUUUGUGACAGAGGAUGGGACAAGAUGAAUGCUGAUGUCACUUGUAAAAGUUUCGGUUAUUCAGGAGGACUCCCGGUCCUAUCUUCUCUGUUUGGACAAGGCGGUGGUGAAUUAUGGUUGAGUGGUAUAAAUUGUAAUGGAAGGGAAGAUUCCUUAUUGAAGUGUCGACAAUCUACGAUUGGAUCAAACGGCUGUAGUGGUGAGGCAGCAGGAGUCGUUUGCUACCAUUCAGAAAAUGAAUUAGUAAGAAUGGCGAAUGGUAGCUCUGUACAUGAAGGCCGAGUGGAGGUUCUCAUAAAUGGACAAUGGCGAAGUGUGUGCAACAAUCAAUGGGACGCAAAUGGGCUUAUAGGAAUCCCGGCUUUAUCAGCUUCGUCCUCUGUGUUUGGGGAAACAAAGGGCCAAAUGGCUGUGAGCAACAUUAACUGUAAUGGCAAUGAAGAUUCUUUGAUCGAAUGUAUACGAUCCAUUAGUGGAUCCAACGUCUGUAACAGUGGUAGACACGCAGGAGUCGUGUGUUACCACACAGCAAAUGAAAUAAUCAGAUUAGAACAACAAAAUUCUUCUACAAAUUACACCGUUGUCAAUCCAGAGGUGCUUAUCAAAGGUAUUUGGAUUGGAUUUUGUAAUGACAGGUGGGAUGAUGCGGAGGCAAAGGUUAUUUGCAGAAGUCUUGGCUACCCAAGUUAUGCUAGAUUGGUAAACCGUGGACAAGAUGGGAAUAUAUUUGGCGAACAGUACUUAAAAGAGUUCCAGUGUACUGGAUCGGAGAGAACAUUAGCUGGAUGUAAAUUUGGAACUAUCAGCCCCGAUUGCAGUAAGACUGGUGCUGUAGAAGUGGAAUGUAAUAUUGAUGUGGGUAAUGCCAUUAGACUGGUAAAUGGAGCUUCAAGCAGCGAAGGUCGGGUUGAGUUAUUUAUCAACGGGAGAUGGGGCACUGUGUGUGAUGACGACUGGGACGACAUGGACGCACGUGUCGUUUGUAGAAGCCUGGGUUAUUCAGGACACUAUAUUGAUCGCUCAGGAGCGUAUUUUGGAGAAGGGUCUGGAAUUACUUGGUUAGAUGACGUCAACUGUCAGGGGACUGAGUCAUCCAUUUUCGACUGUACGCACAAUGGUUAUGGGAAAGAAAACUGUGGUCACAACGAGGAUGCUGGUGUAACAUGCAAAUAAUUUAUGUACAUACAAUCUUCAAUGUUGUUCUCAACAGAUAUUAGCUUUUUGAGUUUCUUUUAUUUUGCGACUCUGUAUAAACUCUUCGCAUGCAUCUGAAUAUACUUGUACUAAAUACUCAUGUGCAAGGCUUGUCCGUAAAAAAUCGUGUACAAAUUGUAUAGAGUGAAAAUUAAUCAUCCCUACAUUACAAAAUUUCACUACUUGUUAGAACAUUUUUAAUCAAUAUUUCAUCAAUAU